AUGACAGUCUCAAGCGUGGGAAUCGAGGAGGUUCGAGCGGCUGUUGACGUGGCUCUUGAUGAGCUACGGGAGUCACUACGGAAGGUGAACCAGGAGAUCUGGUCAAACCCCGAGCUUGCGUACGAAGAACACCAUGCCCACGAUACGAUCUGCACGUUCCUCGAAAAACAAGGAUUCACAGUUACUCGCCAUGCAUACGGUCUUGAUACAUCUUUUGAAGCAGUGAGCGGAUCAGGCGGUCGUCAGAUCAAUUUCAAUGCGGAGUAUGAUGCUUUGCCUGGUAUUGGACAUGCCUGCGGCCAUAACCUCAUCGCAACCAGUAGUAUUGCAGCCUUUCUAGCUCUUUCAUUCGCGUUGAAGAAGUUUGGUAUCCCAGGGCGCACACAAUUGCUGGGCACUCCAGCUGAAGAAAAUGGCGGGGGCAAGGCUGUGCUUAUUGAGGCGGGAGCUUACAAGAACGUGGACAUCUCUCUCAUGGCUCACUCUGGGCCCAAGAAGCUGUUCCCUGACCAAGAGCCAUCCGACGGAAUUGCAGGUACUCUUAUGAAUGCCCGCAAGAAUAUUCACUGCGAGUUCAGUGGCAAGAGUGCUCAUGCUGGCGGUAACCCGUGGGAGGGCAUCAACGCCCUGGAUGCCCUAGUCACGUCAUAUAACAACGUCGCGGUAUUACGCCAGCAGCUUUUGCCAGAGCAGCGAAUUCAUUGCGCCUUCAUGGAUACCCCAAAGGUAGCGAAUGUCAUUCCGGCGCAUACCAAGGCAUUCUGGCAGGUUCGAAGCCCUUCUCUCAAGGGGCUUAAUAACCUGGUGAGCAGAGUGCGCAACUGUAUCGAGGCGGGCGCGCUAGCGACUGGAUGCACUGUUAAGAUCAUCGAAGAGGAGCUUUAUACCGAUGUGCGGCUAAACGAUGUACUCUGCGAACGGUAUCAAGUUCACAUGGGCCAGUAUGAUCGGAAGGUACUCAAGCGACACGAUAAAGUUCUGACUGCAUCGUCUGAUAUUGGAAAUGUCAGCUACGAGAUACCUACCUUGCAUACCAUGUUCGGAAUUCCCACGCCAGACAACACGUUCCCCCAUCACCCCACAUACACUGCCUCCGCUGGAACCGACGAGGCACACGCAGAGGCAUUGAUUGUAGGCAAGGCACUAGCCAUGACUGGAUGGGAUAUGAUCACGAACGACGGAUUGUUCGAGACGGCGCAUCGGCAAUGGAAAGAGGAGAUUGAGCGGGAUGAUUAA